AUGGGGGAUAUGAAGACUCCAGACUUUGACGACCUUCUGGCUGCCUUUGACAUCCCAGACCCCACUAGCCUUGAUGCCAAGGAGGCCAUCCAGACCCCCAGUGAGGAGAAUGAAAGCCCCCUCAAACCCCCAGGGUUGUGUGUGGAUGAGAACGUGUCCUUGUCUCACUCAGGCUCAGCCUCGGAUGUGCCGGCUGUGAGUGUCAUCGUCAAGAAUACCAGCCGCCAGGAGUCGUUUGAGGCGGAGAAAGACCACAUCGCCCCCAGCCUCCUGCACAAUGGGUUCCGGGGCUCCGACCUGCCUGCAGACCCCCACAGUCUAGGCCACAACUGUGGGAAGUUUGACUCCACGUUCAUGAAUGGAGAUAGUACCAGGGGUUUCCCCGGCAAGCUGGAGGCCUCCAAGUCAGAGCCGUUACCAACUUUUAACCAGUUUAGUCCUAUCUCCAGCCCAGAGCCCGAGGAUGCCAUCAAAGACAAUGGGUUUGGGAUGAAGCCCAAGCACUCUGACAGUUACUUCCCGCCCCCUCCUGGGUGUGGGUCUGUGGGGGGCCCUGUCCUGGAGGCUCUCACAAAGUUUCCGGUCCCAGAGCUGCAUAUGUUUGAUCACUUUUGUAAGAAAGAACCCAAGCCUGAGCCCCUGCCCCUUGGCAGUCCGCACGAGCACGAGCGAGGUGGGCAGAAAGCAUUGGAGGUGCACAAGGAACUAGAUGCCAGUCGAUUCUUCGGGGACGCCCUGGACUUCAGUAGCCAUCCCGGCAACAGUGUUGGAGAGCCCAAGGGGCUGGCCUCAGAGCUCGGCGCCGGCUCGGCAGUCCCCCCCAGGCAGCGCCUCAAGCCAGCUCAUUCCAAGCUGUCCUCCUGUGUUGCGGCCUUGGUGGCCCUGCAGGCUAAACGAGUGGCCAGUGUCGCCAAGGAGGAUCAGCCCAGCCACGCGAAGGAUCCCUCAGGGCCCGCGAAGGAGGGCUCCAAAGGCAGCCCCAAGAUGCCCAAGUCACCGAAGAGUCCCCGGAGCCCCCUGGAGGCCACCCGAAAGGGCAUCAAGCCCUCUGACAGCCCUCGGAGCAUCUGUAGUGACAGCAGCAGCAAGGGCUCCCCCUCCGUGGCUGCCAGCUCCCCACCAGCAAUCCCCAAAGUCAGGAUCAAAACCAUUAAGACGUCUUCAGGGGAAAUCAAGCGGACGGUCACGAGGAUCCUGCCAGACCCUGACGACCCCAGUAAGUCCCCUGUUGGUUCACCAUUAGGAAGCGCCACCGCCGAGGCCCCAAGCGAGGCACCGGAGGACGAGGCCACCACCCUGUCCGGAGUGGAGCACUUUGCUGAGGUGGACACACAUCCCGGGAGCCCCCAGAGUGACCAGAAAGGGGAGGAGUGCACGGCGAAAGCCAGCGAGCCUUCGCCUUCCUGCUGCAGCUCUGGGGCCCGGGGUCCAAAGGGGGCUGCCUUGGGCACGCAGGCGGGCAGAAAGCCGCAGCAGAGCCCGGCGCCGCCAGCCUCCACCCCCGCCCCUGCCAACCUCCUACCCAAGGCCGUGCACCUGGCCAACCUGAACCUGGUCCCCCACAGUGUGGCAGCAUCAGUGACGGCCAAGUCCUCCGCGCAGAGGCGGAGUCAGCCUCAGCCCACGCAGAUGUCAGUGCCCCUGGUCCACCAGGUGAAGAAGGCCGCCCCGCUGGUCGUGGAGGUCUUCAACAAGGUCCUCCACAGCUCCAACCCCGUGCCCCUCUAUGCGCCCAACCUCAGCCCGCCUGUGGAUAGCAGGAUCCACGUGCCAGCCAGUGGCUACUGCUGCCUGGAGUGCGGGGACGCGUUCGCCUUAGAGAAGAGCCUGAGCCAGCACUAUGGCCGGCGGAGCGUCCACAUCGAGGUGCUGUGCACGCUGUGCUCCCAGACGCUGCUCUUCUUCAACAAGUGCAGCCUACUCCGGCAUGCCCGUGACCACAAGAGCAAGGGGCUCGUCAUGCAGUGCUCUCAGCUGCUUGUGAAACCCAUUUCUGCGGACCAGAUGUUCGUGUCCACCUCUGGGAACUCCACGGCGCCAGCCGCUGCGGCGUCUCCCUCCCCCUCCCAGCCCGGCCCGGCUUCCAGCAAUGCCAACACCCCACUCCCCGCCUUGCCACUCUACCCGGACCCCGUGAGGCUCAUCCGGCACAGUAUCAAGUGCCUGGAGUGUCACAAGCAGAUGCGUGACUACAUGGCGAUGGCCGCACACUUCCAGAGGACAACUGAGGAGACCGAGGGGCUGACCUGCCAGGUGUGCCAGAUGCUGCUGCCCAACCAGUGCAGCUUCUGCGCCCACCAGCGGAUCCACGCCCACAAGUCCCCCUACUGUUGUCCGGAGUGCGGGGCCCUCUGCCGCUCUGCCUACUUCCAGACCCACGUAAAGGAGAACUGCCUGCACUAUGCCCGCAAGGUGGGCUACAGGUGCAUCCACUGUGGGGUUGUCCACUUGACCUUGGCCUUGCUGAAAAGCCACAUCCAGGAGCGGCACUGCCAGGUCUUCCACAAAUGUGCGUUCUGCCCCAUGGCCUUCAAGACUGCCAGGAGCACCGCGGACCACAGCGCCACCCAGCAUCCCACCCAGCCCCACAGACCCUCCCAGCUCAUUUAUAAGUGCUCCUGUGAAAUGGUCUUCAACAAGAAGAGGCACAUCCAGCAGCACUUUUACCAGAAUGCCAGCACGGCGCAGGUGGGCGUCUUCAAGUGCCCUGAGUGCCCGCUCCUGUUCCUGCAGAAGCCGGAGCUGAUGCAGCAUGUCAAGAGCACCCAUGGUGUGCCCCGCAACGUGGACGAGCUGUCCAGCCUCCAGUCCUCAACAGACUCAUCUUCAAGCCGCCCUGGCCCUCGAGUGCCUGCUGAGCCGCCAGCCCCCAGUGUGACUGCUCGGGGCAGUGCCCUGCCCUCCAGCCGCUGGGGCAGGCCUGAGGCCCACCGCAGGGCUGAGGCCAGGCCCCGGCUGAGGAACACCGGCUGGACCUGCCAGGAGUGCCAGGAGUGGGUUCCAGAUCGGGAGAGCUACGUGUCCCACAUGAAAAAGAGUCACGGUCGGACGUUGAAGCGGUACCCGUGUCGGCAGUGUGAACAGUCCUUUCACACCCCCAACAGCCUGCGCAAACACAUCCGCAACAACCAUGACACAGUGAAGAAAGUCUACACUUGUGGGUAUUGCACAGAGGAUAGCCCCAGUUUUCCUCGGCCCUCCCUCCUGGAGAGCCACAUCAGCCUUAUGCACGGUAUCAGAAAUCCUGAUUUGAGCCAGACGUCCAAAGCCAGACCUUCGGGUGGACAUUCCCCUCAGGUGAACCAUCUGAAAAGACCAGUCAGCGGAGUGGGGGCCGCUCCUGACACCAGCAAUGGCACGCCAGUCUCUUCCACCAAAAGGCACAAGUCGCUUUUCCAGUGUGCGAAAUGUAGCUUUGCCACGGACUCAGGGCUGGAGUUCCAGAGCCACAUACCUCAGCACCAGAAGGACAGCUCCACAGCCCAGUGUCUCCUCUGUGGCCUGUGCUACACCUCUGCCGGCUCCCUCAGCCGCCACCUCUUCAUCGUCCACAAGGUGAGAGACCAGGAGGAGGAAGAGGCGGAGGCGGCGGAGCCAGAGGAGGGCUCUGGGGAGGAGGUGCCCAUGGAGACCAGGGAGAACGGACUGGAAGAAGGUGCCGAGGAGCCUCUGGUGGGCGACUCCGAGACGGGGAGAUCACUGGGCCUGGCCCAGGACGAGGAUGGGGCCCAAGAUGUUCUCAGUCGACCACAGACCUCUCAGGACCGGGACAGCCUCACACCGUCCCCGCAGGUGUGA